GCCAAAGACCACUGGGGUUCAAGAAAAAUGCUCGGCCUCGACCUUGCGACCGUCGCGAUCGAAGAUUGCUUAUCGCUUAUCGCGAUAAAUAUUCAAUAGCGUACUCCCGCGUACGCUCGUUAACUGUGCCUUCAGAGAGCGCCAGUCUCUGCUUGAGUGAUCAUCUCACAUGUGCCGUUCGUUAAUAAUGAGGGUCGUCGGGGCCGCGAUGCUCGAGGUACCCAAGGCGAGACGACGCUGAAGGACUCUCUCUCUUUCCCUCUCUCUCUCUCUCUUCCUUCCCCUCUUCCUCUCCCGCCCUCCGGUCGGCUGACCGAUGAGCGAGGGGUCUUCGGGCUGGCGACAUCAUUAGACCGAUUUACAACUGCAUCCUCUCGGCGAUCGUCGUAUAAAUUCGCGCGCUGUCGCCGCGAUUACUGCGAUUUAAUGCCGCGUGUGUGUGUGUGUACGCGCGCGUGCACACACACAUACACACAUACCCUCACACGCUGGUAUAGAUCCGCUAAAUCUUCUCGCGGCGCAAAGUCGUCCGGCGCAAACACGCUCGCCCCUUCGCCUCGGAAGGGCCAGGACGAGAAAGGGCCAGCAGCGGAGCUAAGCGGCGGUGGCGGAGCGCGUCUCUGUGUAGCGCAAUACGACACUCGAAUUUCAGAAGGGGUCGCGACACACCGCGCGCCCCCUCCGCGCGCGUGCCUGGCCGCGCGCGCGGGGGCGCAGGGUAGGUAGGGGCCGCCGGUGGACGGAUUUCACCCCCGCGAAUUGGCGGAGCGCGAGGAAGCGGGGCUGCAUCGUGCCUUCGCCGCCAAUCGUCGCCCUCCUCGUUCGCCGAUACACCCCGGCGUCUGCGCCCUCGGCGACGUCGCGUCGGUUCCCUUCGGCGCCCUCUCUGCACCCGCGGCGGUUCGGGUACCGCGCGCAAGGCCGCAGACCUAUCACUUCUUUGGCGACAGCCGUCGGGGUAACAUCCUCGCCCUCGCUCUCUACCCUCGCUCCGUCCCUUCGACCCUUUCCGCAUAACCGCCACCGCCACCGUCUCCGCCGUCGCCAGAAUCCAGAACUUCCUCAAUAUCAGGCUCGUCCUCUUCCUUUCGCGUCCGCUUAGCGUCCACGAGCUUCCUCAACCGCGCUUCCUCUCUCAAGAAUCGCCCGCAGUUCGCAGUUUCCCCGACGCGUUUUCUCCGCAUCUUUUCUCCUUUCCUCCUGCCCUGCUUCACUUGGCACCUGUCACUUUCUUUUCACGGGCCGUUCUGUUGCGUGAAGAUAGAGUCCACUCGCCCAUCAUCUAGCACCCAGCGCUUCGACGUCGCAGUGCAGGAGAUCGCGCGAUCGUUUUCACCAUCGAACACGUGCAGAGGACAAUAGUUCGUUUUAGAACGUCCGUCCCCACCUUCGGUUGGUCUCCCAGGUAAAGAGCGAACUUUACGUUUCCGUUAUCGUUUCCGUUCGAUCAGCGUGUUCCCUCGAGUUUCCCGUGCGCGAUAUCGCGAUUUUUCAGCACGCGACGUCACCUCCGCGAACUACCCCUCCGCUUUUCACGCAGCGGAGCGAGCUUCCCGGCUGGAAAAGGCACGUGCCUGCAGCAGCGUUCGCAAUUGGUUUCUCUGCUUCCUUCCUUCCCGCGUCCGUUCUCGAUGCUCAUCGUCGUUCGCCAAUCGCCCUCUCGCCGUUCGCGCGCGGCCGAGGAGUGGCCGUCCUUUCGUCGUUCGUCUCUCGCGCUGCUCGUCACCGUCGGCAGGCGUCCAGCGCGCGUCCUGAUGUAGCGCGCACGGCUGUCGCGAAGCCCGGAAGUACCUCGUGCCUUAAAUCGUGCCGUCCACGUCGCGACAAUAACCGUCUCCGGUCAUCGGGGAAGCCGUUUUUGACUUAACUUUUCGACGUCACCCCGUGGCGACCUCGCCUUGCUUUCGCCCGACCGCUCGAGUCUCCACCACGUGUGAUGACGACAAACAACCGUCGGCGCGCGCGGAAGAAUUCGUGUAACCAACGAGCUUAUUUUUCCUAAGCCGAUUGUCAAUCUUAACCACGCGGUUGCCUUAUCGAGAUCCGCGGAUCGUCCUCGGGUCUUGCCUCCCGUGUUUAAGCUGUUUCCCUGUUCCCACAUCCGAGACCCGACGUCGGGAAUCCCGUCUCCGUCCUUCUCUUGUGCCUUUCGCGCUCUCCCGAUUCAUUCCACGCUAUCGCGCGAUUCGGCCGGGUGUCGUUCUCUCUCUCUUUCUCUCUCUCUCUCUCUCUCUCUAUCUAUCUUUCUCUGUCUACUCUCUGCUCUCUUACUCGCUUUCCGAGCCCUAAAGACACGUCCCGGCCGAAGAUCCUGGGUAGCUUAGAGAAGAUCGAGAAGAUCGCGGCGGCUUCGUAAUCUCUUCGUAGACGUAGAAGCCUGCCUCUCUCUCUUUCUCUCUCUCUCUCUCUCUCUCUCUCUCCUCUCUCCUCCUCUUUCCUUCUCCUCUCUCGGUGCCGUCUCGCUUGAAACUCGCGCUGCACGUCCACGAGCGCCACAAAUGUCGGGGCGAGAGACGACUCUGCGAGUACGAUCGGGUGACACCACGAUGACGCCAGCAGCAGCGACGCGUCGAGUGAUUCUGGAGGUUUUCGCCUACGCAGAAGAUCGCCCCAGGCAAUCGCAAUGGCCACGCUGUCCUUGCGUAUCUCCAUACCGGAGAAGAAUGCCACCAAGAUGAUGCAGUUCGAUCCCAGCACCUCGGUCUAUGAUGCCUGCCGCAUUAUCAGAGAAAAACUCGCUGAAGCCAGCAACAUGGGUCAACCGAAAGACUACGGUCUCUUCCUCUCUGAUGAGGACGUGAAGAAAGGAGUCUGGCUCGAGCCCGGGCGAAACCUUGACUAUUACAUCCUGAGGAAUGGGGAUCUGCUCGAGUACCGUCGUAAGCUCCGUACGCUCAGAGUCCGCAUGUUGGAUGGGACCCUAAAGACCAUGCUGGUGGAUGAUAGCCAGCCCGUGGCAAAUCUCAUGGUAGUGAUAUGUACAAAGAUUGGCAUCACGAAUCACGACGAGUAUUCCCUGGUGCGCGAGCUCGUAGACGAAGAGACCGAAAAUCAGAAACCCGGCAAUUUCGGCACGCUCACGUUGAAACGGAGAAAAGAGGAGAAGGGUGAGAGGGACGCCAAGAUGGAUCAGUUGAGGAAGAAGCUGAAGACCGACGAUGAAGUGAACUGGAUAGAUCCUAGUAAGACCCUGCGCGAACAAGGCAUCGACGAAGCUGAGACAGUGCUGCUGAGGAGGAAAUUCUUCUUCUCGGAUCAGAACAUCGACAGUCGCGAUCCUGUGCAGCUCUCGCUGUUGUACGUGCAAGCACGGGACGCAAUUCUGGACGGUACGCAUCCGAUUACGCAGGAAAAAGCUUGCGUGUUCGCCGGCAUUCAGUGUCAAAUUCAAUUCGGCGAUCACAAAGAGGAGAAGCACAAGCCGGGUUUCUUGGACCUCAAGGAGUUUUUGCCGCAAUCGUAUGUGAAAACAAAAGGAAUUGAGAAGAAGGUCUAUGCGGAACACAAGAAGCACAUCGGGCUGUCGGAGCUGGAAGCCAAAGUCUUGUACACGAAAACCGCCCGGUCGCUCAAUACAUACGGCGUCACGUUCUUCUUAGUGAAGGAGAAGAUGAAGGGCAAGAACAAACUGGUGCCGCGUCUACUCGGUGUGACAAAGGACUCGGUCCUGCGGCUUGACGAGAAGACGAAGGAGAUCCUGAAGACGUGGCCGUUGACGACCGUGCGACGUUGGGGCGCUUCCCCGAACACGUUCACCCUCGACUUUGGCGACUAUUCUGACCAGUAUUACAGCGUACAGACCACUGAGGCGGAGCAGAUUCUUCAGCUAAUCGCUGGCUAUAUCGAUAUCAUCCUGAAGAAACAGAAAGCGAAGGAUCAUUUCGGCAUCGAGGGAGACGAAGGAUCUACCAUGGUGGAGGAUAGCGUGUCGCCUCUCAAGGCCACCAUCAUGCAGCACGAGACCAGCAAUGUCGGUAAAGGAAACGUAGAAGCUGUCUCGGUUGCGAUUCCAGCUGUCAUGAGGGCUGGAGGAGAUGGGGCCCGACCAUACGGAACCGGCCACGUAGGCGGUGCCCAGUACACGACCGUCAGUGGACAGGUGAACAUCGCACACGCUCCGCCUAUGGUCCAACAAACCAAAGUGACAUCCGUCCUGUCUGAACCGCAACGUGCCUUACUGUCAACCAUCACCGCUGGUCACGAGGUGAUCCACAUCGCAGAGACCGAGCUCUCUACGAAGGCCCAGAGACCUCAGCUCGGCACCGAUCCGGCGUCCUUAAGAUGGAUCGAACAGACAAUCGAUACCCACAAGCAAAACGUGGGCUCGCAGAUUGCGGCGAUGAACGCUGCGACUGCUCAAGUGGUCACGCUGACCUCGGGACCAGCAGACAACGUGGACCACACCGCUGUGGGCGCCGCGAUCACUACGAUAGCCACGAACCUACCAGAGAUGACCAAGGGCGUAAGAAUGAUAGCCGCCCUCAUGGACGACGAGUCGUCUGGCGAACGAUUGUUGGACGCCGCCAGGAAGCUCUGUACGGCGUUCUCGGAUCUACUGAAAGCCACAGAACCGGAAACCAAAGAGCCUUUCUACAUUACAUCUACACUCUACGGACAAUAUCCGCGGCAGAAUCUACUGAAUGCGGCGUCGCGCGUCGGGGAGGCUUCGCACCAAGUGUUAACGACUAUUGGCGAAGAGGACGACUCGAAUCGCGAGCUGCAAGAUAUGUUACUGGCACUUGCAAAGGCCGUGGCAAACACCACUGCGGCACUCGUGCUGAAAGCGAAGAAUAUAGCGGCCACCUGCGAAGAUUCAGCCACGCAGAACAAAGUGAUAUCAGCCGCGACACAAUGUGCGUUAGCCACGUCGCAGCUGGUGGCUUGCGCAAAAGUGGUAGCACCGACCAUGCACUCGCCCGCUUGUCAGACCCAGCUGAUGAACGCUGUUCGCGAAGUGACCAGAGCCGUCGAAAGUUUGGUCCAAGUCUGCAACGAGACCUGCAGCGACGAGAACCUGUUGAAGGAAUUAAGCGUCGCCGCCAGCGAGGUCAGCCGCAUUCUCAACGACCUUCUCAACCACAUCAAGACGGCCACCAGAGGCGAACGUGCCAAAGAAUCCAUUCAAGAGGGAGCAGUGGAAACCAUUUUAGUGGCGACGGACAAACUGUUCGCGAGUACUGGCGACGCCGGCGAAAUGGUACGCCAGGCAAGAGUGCUUGGUCAAGCCACCGCACAACUGAUUCAAAGUAUCAAAGGUGAAGCCGAGAAGCAAACGGAUUCAGAACAACAGCAACGUCUGUUAGCCGCUGCAAAGCUACUAGCUGACGCUACUGCUAAGAUGGUAGAGGCAGCACGACAAUGCGCCAGUUGUCCGCACGACGCCAAGAUACAGGAUCGACUGCGCCAAGCAGCGGAGGAGCUACGAGCGGCAACUACCGCGGCAGCGACACCAGCAUUACGCAGGAAACUCAUCACUCGGCUGGAAGCGUGCGCGAAACAGGCGGCCGCGACGGCUACACAGUGUAUCGCAGCGUCCUCGGGCGUUGCGCAUCACAACACCAAUCCGGCUAGCCAGGAAGAACUCAACAUGGAGUGUCGCAUGAUGGCUCAGCACAUUCCACACCUAGUAUCCGGCGUCAAAGGGACACAAGCACUACCUGAUGUUCCCACUGCACAGUUGAAUCUGAUAAACGCUUCUGAGCAAUUUUUGCAGCCAGGUACCGCUGUAGUAAAGGCAACUAGGGCUGUUUUACCGACAGUGACUGAUCAGGCGUCCGCUAUGCAACUGAACGAUUCUUCACAACAGUUGGGCUCCUCAUUGGCAGAUCUAAGAUCCGCGGUUACACGCGCCAGGGAGGCCUGCGGCGGAUUGGAACUCGACGCAGCGGAGGAGUUGAUUAAUAGCUUGAAGGAUGAACUGGGUGAGUUUUAUCGUGCCGUCGAAGCCGCUUCCUUGCGACCACUGCCCGAAGAGACUACCGAGUCUACCGCGCUGCGUCUUGGCGCCACGUCGAAGAACGUCGGAUUCGCUAUGGCGCAGCUGCUAUCUGCCGCCAAGCAAGGCAACGAGAAUUACACUGGGAGUGCUGCCAGGGAAACGGCAACGGCAUUGAAGGACCUCACUUACGCCGUUCGUGGCGUAGCAGCCACGUCCGAUCAACCAGAGACACAAAAGAAGGUGCUGAUGACAGCAGAUGACGUGAUUAUGCGAUCUUUAUGUCUGGUCAAGGAGGCGCGACGCGUGCUCAAGAAUCCAGAAAAUCCUGAAAACGAGGCCAACUUGGCCGCCGUUGCCAAGGAUGUGUCUAAUUCAUUAAAUAAAUGCGUCUCCUGUCUACCUGGCCAAAGAGACGUGGACGAGGCCAUACGUAACAUAGAUGAUAUGACUCAGGUGCUCAGCAUGAAUGAGUUCCCACACACGAGCAAGAGUUAUGGGCAACUGCAAAGUGACCUCAACAACGCAGCUGCCAGUUUGAACGAUGCGUCCUCGAACAUAGCGUCGUCGGUGCGCUCGCCCGUGCUACUCGCCAACUCAUCAAAACAAUUCACCAAUGCCUUUGGGGAUUUACUGGGCGUGGGUAUGGAGAUGGCAGGACAAACGACGAUCGAGACGCGUAGCCAGGUGGUGGUAUCGUUGAAGAAUGUCAGCAUGACGUCCAGUAAGCUUCUCGUCACGGCAAAAUCAGUCGCAGCAGACCCUACUGCUCCAAACGCCAAGAAUCAGUUGUCGGCGGCGGCGCGUGCCGUCACCGACUCCAUCAACUACUUGGUGGAUGUGUGCACGUCGGCGGCACCCGGCCAGAACGAAUGCGAUAACGCCAUCAGAAACAUUCAGUCUAUGCGAUCGUUGUUGGAUAAUCCGAACGAGCCGAUCUCCGAUGCCUCGUACUUCGAGUGCCUGGAGACCGUGAUGGAGAAGAGCAAGAGCUUAGGCGACGGCAUGACUGGCAUCGCGAAUCAUGCGAAGAAAUCAGAGCAUGAGCAAUUUUCAGUCGCUGUCAGAGGGGUUUCCUCGUCGAUCUGUGGCCUGAUAGAAGCCGCGGCUCAAGCAGCCUACUUGGCCGGAGUGAGCGAUCCCACAUCCGUGGCAGGUAAACCAGGUCUGGUAGACCAAGCCCAAUUUUUCCGAGCGGCGCAGGCUAUCCACACUGGCUGUCAGAGCCUGGGUAAUCCGACGAGCACGCAGCAACAGGUUCUUUCAGCUGCGACUAUGAUUGCCAAACACACCAGUGCCCUCUGCAACGCUUGCAGAGUCGCUUCAAGCAAGACCAGCAAUCCGGUGGCCAAACGACACUUUGUCCAAUCCGCCAAGGACGUCGCAAAUUCGACGGCGUGUCUCGUGAAGGAGAUCAAGGCACUCGAUCAGAAUUACUCCGACAUUAAUCGUGAGAAAUGCGCGGAAGCGACGAAGCCACUGCUGGAAGCGGUCGACAAUCUCUGCACUUUCGCGAGUUCUCCGGAAUUUGCGAGUCAACCAGCCAAAAUAUCCAUCGCAGCGAAAGCGGCACAGGAACCGAUCACGAGCGCCGGUAAGUCCAUCAUCGACGGCUCGUGCGCCAUGGUGCUAGCGGCUAAGAGUUUAGCGGUCAGCCCGAAAGACCCGCCGACUUGGCAGUUGCUGGCGAAUCAUAGCAAGAGCGUGAGUGACUCGAUUAAGUCACUGGUGGCGUCGAUACGCGACAAAGCUCCUGGUCAGAAGGAGUGCGAUGCUGCCAUCGAGAAACUGGCGGCGCGCAUCCGCGAGCUGGACGCCGCGUCCUUGAGCGCCGUUUCACAGGCGUUGGUGCCGCGUCGCGAGAACACCAUGCAAGGUUUCACAGAUCAGAUGGAAAGCAGCGCUAGCGAAUUGCGCGAGAAGCUGGAACCGUUGCGUACCGCUGCGAAAUAUGAAGCAGAGAACGUGGGACACGCCGUCAAUCAAAUUGCGCUCUACUCGGAACCACUUGUCUCCGGCGCCAUCGGUGCCGCGUCCAACAUGGUGCAUUCAAAGCAGCAGAUGGUGCUCUUAGACCAGACGAAGACUGUGGCCGAGUCUGCCUUGCAGUUAAUCUACGUCACCAAGGAGUCUGCCGGGAACCCGAAGGCUAUCGCGCUGCACUCCGAGGUAGACGAGACCGUCGAGUCCACCAAGGAUGCACUUCAGGAAUUGCAGAACACACUAGAGACUAUAUCGACGUCGCACGGCAUCGUCACUGGUCUCAUCGAUACGAUUUCGCGCGCGAUGGUCCGAUUGGAGGACCAUCGAAUGUCCACUAUUGACACCGUGGAUUCAUACGUUGACUAUCAGACAAGGAUGGUCGAAGCCGCGAAGGAGAUUGCUCGAUUGGCACAAGAAAUGUCAACCAAGUCAAGCACCGACGUGGCUAGGCUGGGUCCACUAGCAGUCGACAUAUCCCACAAGUACACUCAGCUUGCCCGCGACACCUCCGGAGCGUCCGCGGCGGCCUCGAACGCUGACGUAUCGGCGCGGCUACGCACGGGCGUUCAGGAACUCGGUCGUGCCUGUGCCGACAUAGUACGCGCUGCUGGCAUUUGUCAGAUGUCACCCGGUGACGUGUACGCACAACGCGAAGUCGCCGAGCACAGCAAGAUCGUGACAGAGAAGGUGUCGCAGGUAUUGGCUGCCCUGCAAGCUGGCUCGCGCGGUACCCAAGCGUGCAUUAACGCAGCCAGCACCGUUUCCGGAAUCAUCGGCGACCUCGACACCACCAUCAUGUUCGCCACUGCCGGCACGUUGCACGCUGAAAACGAAGGUGACACGUUCGCCGAUCACCGUGAAAACAUACUGAAGACCGCCAAAGCCUUGGUGGAGGACACGAAGACCUUGGUCGCGGGCGCCGCGUCGUCGCAGGAACAGUUAGCCGUGGCGGCGCAGAACGCGGUCUCCACUAUCGUCCAAUUGGCCGAGGUCGUCAAGUACGGUGCGGCUAGUCUAGGCAGUCAGAACCCGGAAGCGCAGGUGAUGCUGAUCAAUGCCGUGAAGGACGUCGCUUCCGCACUGGGCGAUCUCAUACACGCCACCAAGGCUGCCAGCGGCAAACCCAUCAACGAUCCCAGCAUGGCGCACCUUAAGGAUUCCGCUAAGGUAAUGGUGACCAAUGUGACGUCACUGCUGAAGACCGUGAAAGCCGUGGAAGACGAGCAUACCCGCGGUACCAGGGCGUUAGAAUCGACGAUCGAGGCGAUCGCACAGGAAAUCCGUGCCCUCAAUAGCCCGGAGACACAUAAGAGCAACGUGACGCCGGAGGAUCUUGUGCGUUGCACCAAAAGCAUCACGAUUUCCACGGCAAAGGCGGUCGCCGCCGGGAACAGUUGCAAGCAGGACGACAUCAUCGCCGCCGCCAACAUGGGCAGGAAGUCGAUCAGCGACAUGUUGACCAUCUGCAAGGGCGCGGCCUACAACUGCGCGGAGACCGCCGAGUUGCGCGAUCGCACCCUGCAGGCUGGUCAUGACGUCGCUAUCAAUUACCGCGAGCUGCUCCAGGCGAUCCUCCAGAUCUCGUCCCGACAGGGCGACGCCAAGCACACGUUGCCGGUGAUCUCGCGGAAAAUCGCCCAAAGCGUGACCGAGCUGGUGGCGGUGGCGGAAUUGUUGAAGGGCAACGACUGGGUCGACCCCGACGACCCUACAGUGAUCGCAGAGAAUGAACUCCUCGGUGCGGCUGCGAGCAUCGACGCGGCCGCCAAGAAGCUGGCCAGUCUGAGGCCGAGGAGAAGCAUUCAGGAGGCGAACGAGGACAUGAACUUCGACGAGAUGAUAUUAGAAGCCGCCAAGUCAAUCGCCGCUGCCACUUCAGCCCUAAUCAAAGCCGCCAGUGCCGCCCAACGCGAACUGAUCGCCACCGGCAAAGUGUCUCGCACACCGUUAACCAGCUCCGACGACGGACAAUGGUCCGAAGGUCUGAUUUCCGCUGCUAGAUUGGUGGCGGCCGCCACUCACAGUCUCGUGGAAUCCGCCAACGCUCUCGUUCAAGGAGUAAGCUCCGAGGAAAAGUUGAUUUCCAGCGCCAAGCAAGUUGCCAGCAGCACGGCGCAACUGUUGGUUGCUUGCAAAGUCAAGGCAGACCCUGACAGUGAGAGCACAAAGCGCCUGCAGGCUGCCGGAAAUGCUGUGAAACGUGCUACCGAUAAUCUCGUACGCGCUGCGCAACAAGCUAUCCAACAAGAGGAGGACCGAUCUUUGGUCCUCAAUCGCCGCAUGGUAGGCGGCAUCGCGCAGGAGAUCAACGCACGCUCGGAAGUAUUGCGAAUUGAGCGCGAGCUGGAGGAAGCCCGGGGUAGGCUGACCGCCAUCCGUCAAGCCAAAUACAAGAACCGACCAGACCUGGCCGACGCGGACGGCGACAUCGAUCAGAGCGGCUACGAGAGCUACACGACACGAUACGAGACCAGGGCGUACGAACCGCCACAUGCACAAUCGCCGGUACAGGCGAUGCAUCACACCUUGGACCAGCUGCAGAGCACCACUCAACACAUCAGCCAUCAUCAGUUCGCCGACAGCGACCGGCAGCAGCUGGUCAGUCCGGAGAAGGUGCACUCGACGCAAAGUACCCUCGAGAGAAAGAUGAAAGACGCUCAAUAUCGUACAGCCAUUUUAGAGAGCCAGGUCGAUUCUUUGGACAGGAAAUACAGCGACAGUUAUCAUGAUAGAAGCCCUUACAUCGUUACAGAAAGGAAGAUCAUAACAGACAACUCACCCGGUCAAUACAGCUCGAUCGAGCGAAAAAUCAAUCAGGAGAGUUUCACCAGCGCGGAGCGGAAGCACAGCGGGGACAUCGCGUACCAUCCGCCACCUCAACAUAUCUCAUACUCUCCGAGGUCCCCGACGCGCAGAUCCGUUCCGCAGACCUCGCCAGAGCAAUACGAGAGGUCUCCACAGGAUCAACAGAGUCUGACCGAUCGGUUCUCGACCGUCAGUCCGAUGAGCACCUUCCGUUCCGAGAAGCAAAUAGACACUCAGCGAUUCGGCACCGCCGCUAUGCCACACCAUCAAACCUUCAAGAACGUCGAGAGCAAGGUCGUACCUGGCGGUAGAAUUGAAACCAUCACCACGAAAGUAUACACGUCCACACCCAAAAACACUGGCACCAGCUCCAACUAUGAGACUACCGAGGAGACCAAAGAAUAUUCGACGUCCGGCAACGAAUUGUCGACGUUCAAGACCGCCUUCGACAACGAUACUCUCGAGGAGCGCACGACAAAGCAGUCGACGUUGCACAAAGUUACGGAGAAGAAGACCGUCACUAUGACCAUGUCGAGUCGGCAAGAGUCCAACACAAAGACCUUCCGCUUCGAGGACAAGCAGUAAACAGCGGAAGUAAACGACAAGCCCGACAUCCGUUCGCGCGCGAACACACGCGAUGAUAAAAAUAGCAAUGUUCUUCAGGAACGAAAUCUCAAUGUUACAGAGUGGCUCGUUUGUCCCUUAAUCCGAAUGUUCUUUAACACAAAAUGCUCGAGUACGUCGAGAUGCACUGCGAAAUCAUUUUGGCGUCGUAAUAAAUAAAGCGGUAGAGCUAUUCCGAAUAAGAGAUUCCGUUAAAUCGGACUUUUCAAAAUCCAGAUUGAAAUGAAAAUAACCUAGUUAAAGCUCCAUCGGAUACGAUCACUUUAAUUUAUAACUAAAGAAGCGAGAAAGACAUGCUCAAAAUUCUUGAAAGAUAUGUUGAAAUAAAAUAUGCCCACAAAAUCAUAUGAGAUAGUCCAAACACUUUCCUUUUAAUUAAAAAAUUUACAAUUAAAAAAUAAAAUAUUAAAAAUAAAAAAUUUACAAUUUAAAUUGAUUUACAAUCGAUAAGAGAGAAAAUAACUGACAUUGACACGUCGCGUUAAUUUUACGAUGAUUUAUCGGUCGAUAUUUUGUGGAUAUAUCUUUUUAUUUCAACGUAUUCUGCAAGAAUCUUGAGCGUGCAUUUUCUCGCUUCUGACGUCAUCAAUCAAGAACGUCGCGGCGCGUAACCAUAAGUCUUAAAAUGAUUAAGAAUAAAAUUAACUGAAAAAAACUAAUCUAAUAAUGUUUCACGGGUAAUAGUAUAUUUGUCGAUCGUGCUCGCACGAUUGCACACGCGAGCAAUGUCUGAAAGCUGUCAAAGCCUUGCAGGCUCGACGAUGACGAAGCCACGCAGUUUCGGCGCGCUUCAAAACGCGAGCAACGAGAAACUUAGUCGAGGCGGCGAGUUAUUCGUAACAAUGCGAGAUAGAAAGUGCCCUUAGAUAGAUGUGUAACUCGUGCUUUCGAGAUUCGUAGCCUUUUACGAGCGUAUAUUUAUUCAUGGAUGUUUCGCAAGGCCAUGUUUCACGGCGCGCGGCCGUGUUUUCGCUAUGACCGAUCGAUCUUAACGGGAUUACUUGUCGCUGCGUGUGUAAAAGCUCGUCGUGGAGUAAGCUUAGCGUAUGAAGUAAGAGUAAGAGUAGUUCCAACUUCUUAGUAAGUAGUACUAUAUAGUUAAUCCUUACCGCUCUGUUGGCUCCACUACGGAGACAAUCAUCAUAUGUUUCACAGAAGUUCGGAGAGCUAAGGGUUAAAUCAUACAUGUGUCUUUGUCUAAGUUGAGAGAAAAACAAAGACAAAUAUAUAAUUUAAUUAUCAGUUAACUUAUUAAUAAGUUUGAACGGAAAUGAAACCAAUUUAUUUCAUUUAUGUGCCUAAAUUCUAGCUUUCUUAAUUAAUAUUAUCUAAUAUUAAUUUGACAAAAAGACUUUCGGCAUAAAGAAGCUGGAGUAUAGACAUAAGCGAAAUAAAUAAUUUCUAUUUUUUACUAUCUUGCUCCUUACGCCAAGCUUACUCCACGUGUUGUAGAUGUCCACUAACGUUACUUCCGAUAACGACUAACUUUACUAUUACUACUACUACUACUACUAUUAUUACUAUUACUACUACUACUUCUGUUUGCACAGAGUAAGAGUUUUGUUUUUCUCUUUUUUCUUGUCGUUUGUUUUAUUUUUCUUGAUUGCUUACCGCGCUUACCUCGAGGGUAACGAGAGAUACGUAAUCGUGCUUGAGUUUUUAAUGUAUAGAGUUAAUUUACGUUUAAACUUUAAAACGAAUGGUCGAGAGAACCACGAAUUAACCAGAGAAGCAACAUAUCAUUUAAUUUUAUUAAUUUUCCCAAUGUCCCGUUGCCUAACGUGAGCGCGCAUGUGCACACACACACGUAUGUGCGCGCGUGAGAGGGCCCGGUGACUCACCACCACUUGCUAUAUUAACAUUUUCCGCUUUCUAGAUUAACCCCGUCCCCUCUCCCAACUGAUGUUUUAUCGUGUCUCUAUUUAUUCCGGGGAUUUUCUGCUGUCGCUUUGUGUACUACAGUCGACUGUAUAUCUAUACAUCUUCCUCGUCUGUCCUGCCUACUUCUCGACUCGACUCCUAUGUUUCUUUCUCUUUGUCAAGCGAUCCACAAUCUACUAUCGUCGACCUCUGUCAUAGGCGGUGGCUCGUAUUUUCGAUGAAUUUAUUAAAAUAAGCUCAAGCGACUGGCCUAGUUGAGGCUCCUGUGAAGGAUCGAUUAGUGCAAUCACUGUACUGUUAGUAUCUCGCGAGUAGGUGUAGGCUGUACCGUUGACGGAUGACGACCCGCCGUAAGCGCGCGACGGAAUCCCCGCGACGGAGAGGGUACGUGCGACGCCACGAGGUCGCGAGCCUCGUGAACGAGAUGAAGUGCCUAAGUCCGAUGAGCUGCCGCUUCCUCCUUUUCUAACGCGCUCUCGUAGUGAUCUUAAGGAUUUUCUAAUAUUUACCAAAAAAGAAGGAAUCAAACGCUUUAUAAUAUGAUCGUGUGUGACGGUGCGCAUAUGGACGAUGGCGCGUUGCCAGACACGACACGUGGCCAAGCGCGAACGACUGUCUUCUUCCAAAGCAACACACGUGUGCUUGUCUAUGUUGUCGUGUGUAUUGGUAUUUUCUCUUUUUUUUUCUUUUUUCAAAGAGAGCCAUAUCGUCCAUCACGAUUUUGUUUGCGGUUCCGCGCAAACCGACAAUCGCAGGGUAAUUGCUUAAUCGUCGGUGAUCCGAUCUCUUGUGCCGGUUAAUUUUAUCGCUGUUGAUCGCUGUCUCUCCCUUGUAUGGCCUGCGAUUGUACAGUCAAGGAACGAUCAUUCUUUUGACUAUCUUGGAUUUACUCGAGAGUUGAGCAGACGCGAAGAAAAAUUCAGUAUAAAUGGCGAAUGUUGCGGUCGGUUUGCGCGGAUCUUCGUGUGUCCUCGAAGGAGCGUGCCAUGACAAAUGUAUCGCGAAAGAUAAUGAGAUAUAUAUAUAGAGGUGUAUACAUAGAUUAUAUAUACAUAUAUUAUAUAUUAUACAAGAAGUUUACGUAUACAAAAUAGCGGUAUUUACACAGAUACAAUAACGUUUCGCAUUGUUUUAACAAUUUAUAUUAUUAUACAUACAGAAUAUUUUUACCAGUUGUUCUCUAAAUAAUUCUCUAUAUUUUGUGUCUUAAGCGCCAUGCAGAUCUAAUUUUCGCGGAAUGUUACGAGCUGCGAACGUUAAUGUCUCGCAGUUGCGUCGCUUUUCUUACUUAUUACUAUUAAUCUUGAUUACUAAAAAUAUAUUGUUAUUAUUAUUUGUAUUAUUAAUCGAUUUUUAUCACCAUCACUAUAUUGUCAAUCCAAAUGUUUAUACUCGUAUCGGCACGUAACCAGAUAAUAAAGAGUUUCUAACAUUUUGGUGAUGUAUGUAUGUAUGUAUGUGUGUGUGUGUGUGUUAAAAUGUAUAUGUAUACGCUCUUCUUGUUUCGGAACUAGAUACUCUACACUAGAUACUUAACGCAAUGUUUAAAAAAUAAGGCAGCAACGCGUUUUGCCGUUUGUUCUUUGCACAAUUCUCUUCCGUGGAAGAUUUUAAUUCGAGACACACGCUGGUUAUCUUCAGUUUUGACAUGAGAGAUUACAAACCUGUACGCAUUAUUUACGAAAACAAUCACGCACUUAUAAAAUUCAUUAUAGACCUAUACAGUUGAUACUAGUAUCGAUACAUGUUUGAGACAAAAAUUACAUGUCAUAUAUAUAUAUAUAUAUAUAUAUAUAUAUUCUAAGCGCUCAGUUACAUUUAGCAAUACUUAUUAUAGUUAUUUGUCUUUGCUAAUUCUUGGUGCCAAUGUUUUUUCCACGAAUCUCGGUAAGACGAAAGCCGCUUGGUGUAUCUUAUCGUUGUAAUACUUCAACUCCAUGCGAUCAAGUUCUUCCUCGCUGAACACCCGCAAUGGUUGCGAGAGAUUUGCUCGCUGAAAGGAAGAGUCGCGUUUCCAUUAAAGUCACGAUCAAAAUCAAUUGAAAAAUACGAUCUCGCGACUACCGUAAAAUAUGAAUUGGAUUAGUAAUUCGAAAAUUAAACUCUUUAAUUAGACUCUUUAAGACCGAAUUAUGCAUGAGGAUGUACUGAAAUGUAAGAAGAGUUUUAUUAUCGUUAAAUAUUACGUCUGAUACUAACGCUAUUCAAUGCUCCCAUGAUGAAGCCGAUUUGACCCGAGGGAUACGUUGGUACCGCCGUGAUCGCAUAUGCCGUGACGGGGAACGCAACUUUGCAGUGUUCAUAUGUUCUCUUCACUUGCGGCAAGCUCUCCCACACCGUGGUGGCCUGACUAGCGACAAUUCCGUCAGGUUUCAACGCAGCCGCCAGUAAUUCGUAAUACGAUUUUUCGAAGAGACAUACAGCAGGACCUGAGCAAAACAUUAACACUGUCAAUACUAUCUACGACACAUUUCUUUGGAGAUUUGCACAUUGCUGUGUGUACACCUAAGGAGUAUUUUAUAACAAAUAUUACUAUAAAAUUUUGUAACUGAGAAACAUAUAAACAUUCUAUAUUAAUUUA